AAUCUCAAAAACCGUAAACAGUCAAAUGGGAAGAACAUUUCCGAACGGAAAGAGUAAUAAUUGUUACCUAAUGUUGUUGGCCAAAAUUCGACAACCAAAAAACAAAAUGAAAACUUAGAAAGAAAAAAAAAGAGAUGCAAUAUAAAUACAGAAUUGAGGUCAAUCCAAACGCCCUCUCUGUCUCUCUCAUUUUCUAAUGGCGGAUUCUUCUGGCACAUCCACCUUCUCUUUCUCAACCACCACCACCUCCUCCUCCUUCAUGACCUCUUCCUUCACCGACCUUCUAGUCUCCGACGUACUACCGGCCGCCGCCGGCAACAGCAGAGGACUCUCCGAUCGUAUAGCCGAAAGGACCGGGUCCGGCGGCGUCCCCAAGUUCAAAUCUCUCCCGCCGCCGUCUCUCCCCCUCUCUCCCCUCUCCCUCUCUCCCUCCUCCUACUUCGCUUUCCCCCCCGGCUUGAGCCCCAGCGUCCUCUUAGACUCCCCUGUUCUCCUCUCCCACUCCAACACUUUGCCGUCUCCGACCACGGGGACUUUUCCGGCGCAAGAUUUCGACUGGAAGCAGAGUCUUUCAAGAACAACUGCCCAUCAAAAAGACGUGAAGCAAGAUGGUAAUAAAGGAUUCCCAGAUUUCUCUUUUCAGCCCAUCAACCCUUUUUAUAUGAAUCAGAACGAUCAAGAAAGAAAUGACAGAGACGGGGUUUCACGGGUUGAGUUCAGCCAUGUUCAGAUGAACUCUCAAUCUUCCCGGCAGCCGCCGCCGCCGCAGGCGGCGUCGGCGGCGAAGGAGGAGGACGACGGGUACAACUGGAGGAAAUACGGGCAGAAACAGGUGAAGGGGAGCGAGAAUCCGAGGAGCUAUUACAAGUGCACCUACCCGAAUUGCGUGACGAAGAAGAAGGUGGAGAGGGGUUUGGAUGGGCAGAUCACAGAGAUUGUGUACAGAGGCUCUCACGAUCAUCCCAGGCCUCCUCGGUCCACUGCCGCCAGGAGGCCGUCUUCGUCCUCCACCGCCUCCUCUGCUUCGGCGCUGCCGCCGCCGCCAGGCAAUGAUGUUCUGGAGCAGCAGUCUUAUUGGUCCAACAGCCAGAUAGACUCGGUCGCCACGCCUGAAAACUCCUCGAUUUCUUUCGGGGACGAUGAGUAUGAGCAGAGCUCCAAGAAGAGGGAUUCCGGUGGAGAGGAGGUCGAGGAAGAUGAACCUUUGGCUAAGAGAUGGAGAGCGGAAACCGAAAGCGAAGGAAUUUGUGGGGCGGUGAGCCGGACGGUGAGAGAGCCGAGGGUGGUGGUUCAAACAACAAGCGAUAUCGAUAUUCUUGAUGAUGGGUAUCGGUGGAGGAAGUAUGGUCAAAAGGUUGUGAAAGGAAACCCCAAUCCAAGGAGCUAUUACAAGUGCACGAGCGCGGGAUGCGGGGUGAGGAAGCACGUCGAGAGAGCGUCACAAGAUAUACGAUCGGUGAUCACAACCUACGAAGGGAAGCACAACCACGACGUUCCCACUGCACGAGGCAGCGGGACCCAAUCCCUCAACCGGGGAGGAGGAGGUGGGACCGCUAGCUAUAGUAAUAGUGGCGCAAUGACUAUAAGGCCCUCCCCGGUACCUCAUCACUCUAUUUACCCGGUUCCGAACGGUAGGGGCAAUUUCGGGUAUCCACAAAAUAACUACUCCAAUCAACUCCAUGAGAUGAUGUACACUAAAGCCAAGGAAGAGCCUAGAGAUGAUUUGUUCAUGGAGACUUUACUUGCUUGAAUAUAAUACUUUCUCACUCUAAUUUUUUUUGUUGAUUCAUUUGUAGAUUGUGCCUUGUAUGAAUUUUUGUAUGUAUAUGCCUAUACCAUAAAGUACAUAUCAAUAUUCUUAGUACUAAAAAAUAAGGGCAUAGGAU